AAAGAGCGAUUCGUUCACAAACUGGGUAACGCGACUCCAAGCUGCUUCAAUGGGGCUGUGAGACUACGAGCAGUCAACUAGACAUGUAUUGAUAAUAUCUUGCGGUAUUUACCGAAAAGCGGUUUGCUCUUCACUGACAAUAACUGACUGCUCUCAAUAAGCCUUCAAAAUGAUGCGCUUUAUGCUUCUGUUCAGCCGGCAGGGGAAGCUGCGGCUCCAGAAAUGGUACACGGCUACAGCUGAGCGUGACAAGAAAAAGAUGGUCCGAGAGCUCAUGCAGGUGGUUCUGGCCAGAAAACCCAAAAUGUGCAGCUUCCUGGAAUGGAGAGAUCUAAAGAUAGUCUACAAGAGGUAUGCCAGUCUAUAUUUCUGCUGUGCGGUGGAGGAGCAGGACAAUGAGCUGAUUACUCUGGAGGUCAUCCAUCGCUUUGUGGAGCUGCUGGAUAAGUACUUUGGCAGCGUUUGUGAGCUUGACAUUAUUUUUAACUUUGAGAAAGCUUACUUUAUCCUGGACGAGUUUCUUAUGGGGGGAGAAAUUCAGGACACAUCCAAGAAGAGCGUGCUGAAGGCCAUCGAGCAAGCCGACCUUCUACAAGAGGAGGAUGAGUCACCCAGGAGCGUCCUAGAGGAGAUGGGGCUGGCCUAGUACUAGUUUCCAAUGCAGUCAAGACAGAUGUUUAAUUUAGGUACUACUGCGACAUGUGGGUUUAUGUGAAUGGGUCCAAAGGGUGGGAGGAGAACUGGGGAACAAGAGAGGGUUGGUGGGGUUAAUUUUGGUACUACUGAGAUCAGCAUGUGAUUGUAUUUCAAUUCCAACCUUUUUUUUUUUGUCUUUUUAAAUUUUUAAAUGGCUGCCUAGCUGGGAUCUCAUCUUUCUUAAGAGACACUGUAGAAAGAGAGUUGCAGAUAGACACUCAAAUCUAUCAAUCAGAAACAUAUUUAGAAAAAUGAGCUGAGCCUUGCUAUUUUAACAGGUCAUGCAAUCUCAGCUAUUAAUUUUUUUCUUCAAAGAAUGAUUUAUUGUUACAUUGAUCAAGUGACCUGCUUUGGAAAAGCUAUCUGUAGGAGAUAAAACCCCCAAAUUGAAUCUUCCUAAAUGCCAUUACUAUACAUCUGCUGUAGCUGCUCAGGAAACAAUGACAUUGACCAUCCAGCCAUGUUUAUUUGUGUAAGAUGCAAAUAUUUGUACUUGUAACACUUUAAAUGACGUGCUAUUGCAGCAUAUGGAUCAUAAGUAAAUCUUCUAAUGUUUUUUUUCUUCUUCUAAUGGAUCGAUUUUGAAGAUAUAUUCACCAAAUGGGAGGAAUAUUAAAUAGACCUUUUUAAAUGGUUACGAUACUGAAUGGACUAUAUUGUGCGGUCUAUUCAUUUUGUUCUGUCCCUUGAGCCUCAGUAGUAAAGCGUCUGAAUGUGUGUUACUUCGAGGACAGGACACUGAAUCUCAACCACAAAUGGCGUGAAAGCUCUUUCCUGUUUGUCUUGAUCUACAUCCUGCUUUCCAAAGACGUGUUUCUGACCGCAAGCGUGGCGUUUGAGUUAUAAUAAGUAAGGGAGUAUUUGUAGCUUGUUUCAGAUAACAGAAGAGGGCUUUGAUAUUAAGUGUGAUGUAUUUACAUAGCUUUUUAAACGUGGUGUGAAACAAGGGAACAUUUUGAGAUUAACUGUGUUUCUUUUCUUCUUCUUUUCUUUUUUUUUUUAAGCAAUUGAAUAAUUCAGCAUGAGGGCAUGUUUUUACCUGUGUAAAAUCUGUCAGGUUACCAAAACAGAAUUAUGUGUGAAUGUAAUUUUAUAAAUAAUAAAACACAAUUUCAGCCUAAA